AUGGCUGAUGGAGCAAAAGUGUAUAAGAAGACCUGUCCCAAUGGGAAGUUAUCCAUCUACCUGGGAAAGCGGGAUUUUGUGGACCAUGUCGAGCAUGUGGAACCUGUAGAUGGGAUUGUUUUGAUUGACCCGGAGUACCUGAAGGAUCGGAAAGUGUAUGUGACGCUCACCUGUGCAUUCCGCUAUGGCCGGGACGACCUCGACGUCAUUGGGUUGACCUUCAGGAAGGACCUCUAUGUCCUCACCACCCAGCUUUACCCUCCUGUGCCAGAUCAGGCGCCCAAGACCCUCACUCCCUUGCAAGACAAGCUGAUGAAGAAGCUAGGGGAGAAUGCAUACCCCUUCACUUUUGAGAUGGCAACAAAUUUACCGUGUUCUGUCACGCUCCAGCCAGGAGCAGACGAUGUGGGGAAGUCUUGCGGUGUUGACUUCGAGGUGAAAGGAUUUUGUGCUGAAAACCUAGAGGAGAAAAUUCACAAGAGGAAUUCAGUGCGGCUGGUGAUCCGCAAGGUCCAGUUUGCGCCCAUCAGUACAGGCCCAGCACCAAAGUCUGAGACUACAAGGCAAUUCAUGAUGUCGGACAAGCCUUUGCAUCUUGAGGCUUCCCUGGAUAAGGAGAUUUAUUACCAUGGAGAUCCUAUUGGGGUUAAUGUCAAUAUUAACAAUACCACAAACAAGAUUGUGAAGAAAAUUAAAGUAUCAGUUGAGCAGAUCACAGACGUUGUUCUCUACUCACUGGACAAAUACACAAAGGUCGUGUGUUCAGAGGAGUUCACAGAGAAUGUGGCCGCCAACUCCACCUUCUCCAAAAGCUACAGUGUGACUCCGAGGUUAUCCGACAACCGUGAGAAGCGCGGCCUGGCCCUUGACGGCAAGCUCAAGCACGAGGACACCAACCUGGCCUCCACCACUGUUCUUAGACCUGGGAUGGACAAGGAAGUACUUGGGAUCCUUGUUUCCUACAAAGUGAAAGUCAACCUGAUGGUAUCCAGAGGAGGAAUCCUGGGGGAUCUCACAUCAAGUGACGUUGCGGUGGAGAUGCCCGUUAUCCUGAUGCAUCCAAAACCUGCAGACAGUAAGUAAAGUGAGGAGGAUAUUGUGAUUGAAGAAUUUGCUCGGCAGAAGCUCAAAGGAGAGAAAGAUGAUGAAGAGGAGAAAGAGGAGGAGGACAAAGGAGAAAGCUAA